GCCAUGUCGGCGACGACCAUCUCCGCCGCGGAGAAAGUGGACGGCUUCACGCGCAGGUCGGUGCGCAAGGCGCAGAAGCAGAAGCGCUCGCAGGGCUCCUCGCAGUUCCGCACGCAGAGCAGCCAGGUGGAGCUCGCCCCGCUGCCCCAGCUGAAAGAUGCCACCUCAAAUGAUCAGCAAGACCUCUUUUGUCAGAAGCUGCAGCAGUGUUGUGUAUUGUUUGAUUUCUUGGACUCUGUCUCAGACUUGAGGAGCAAAGAAAUUAAAAGAGCAACGCUGAAUGAACUGGUGGAAUACGUUUCAACAAAUCGUGGUGUGAUUGUUGAAUCAGCAUAUUGUGACAUAGUGAAAAUGAUUAGUUAUAAUAUCUUCAGAACACUUCCACCAAGUGAAAAUCCAGAUUUUGAUCCAGAAGAAGAUGAGCCAACAUUAGAAGCCUCCUGGCCCCAUAUACAGCUGGUAUAUGAAUUUUUCCUGAGAUUUUUAGAGAGUCCCGAUUUCCAGCCGAGCAUUGCGAAACGUCAUAUUGACCAGAAGUUUGUACAGCAGCUGUUGGAGCUUUUUGAUAGUGAAGAUCCACGAGAGCGCGACUUCUUAAAAACUGUUCUUCACCGAAUUUAUGGCAAAUUCCUUGGAUUAAGAGCAUUCAUCAGAAAACAAAUCAACAAUAUUUUCCUAAGGUUUAUAUAUGAAACGGAACAUUUCAAUGGUGUUGCUGAACUCCUUGAGAUACUAGGAAGUAUUAUCAAUGGGUUUGCAUUGCCCCUGAAAGCAGAGCACAAGCAGUUCCUUAUGAAGGUUCUUAUUCCUAUGCACACUGCAAAAGGAUUAGCUUUAUUUCAUGCACAGCUGGCCUAUUGUGUUGUUCAGUUCCUGGAGAAAGAUAUGACAUUAACGGAGCCGGUUAUCAGAGGACUUCUCAAAUUUUGGCCAAAAACAUGCAGCCAGAAAGAGGUAAUGUUUUUAGGUGAAAUUGAAGAAAUCCUGGAUGUAAUAGAACCAACACAAUUUAAAAAAAUACAAGAGCCUCUCUUUAAACAGAUAGCCAAGUGUGUGUCUAGUUCACAUUUUCAGGUUGCGGAAAGGGCUUUGUACUUCUGGAAUAACGAAUACAUUCUUGGUCUGAUUGAGGAGAACAUCGAUAAAAUUCUGCCUAUUAUGUUUAGUAGUUUAUACAAGAUUUCCAAAGAACACUGGAAUCCGACCAUUGUAGCAUUAGUAUAUAACGUGCUGAAAACACUGAUGGAGAUGAAUGGAAAACUAUUUGAUGAACUCACAAACUCUUACAAAGCAGAGAGACAAAGAGAGAAGAAGAAAGAGCUAGACCGUGAAGAACUAUGGAGAAAACUGGAGGAACUAAAGCUUAAAAAAGCACUGUCUGAGCAAAGUAGCACACCAACGAUAAACACACAAAAUGACGAUGUAGUGCCAAUGUCAAGUGAAAAUGACUCCACAAGAAGCUCUUUUCUACAUACGUAA